UCGCAUUCCACCGUAACAAAAGAAGUCAUGCAGCCUGUUUACACCUUUAAUUUGCACCACCCUGUAAUUGCAGGGUGCGUAACUCUAGGUUACUACGACGGAACGCACCCCUCUUUGACGGCUGCAACAGCAACCGAUAAAAUUUUUAUUCACUCGCCUCAUAAAAAACUGUCCGGAAGCUCGGGCCGAAUUUGUUCGAGCGAUGCCAGUAAGGAAGUCGUGAUGUUGAAUUUGAACCAAACCAUCACAACAAUUCAAACUGGGCAAAUAGAUCCUUCGAGCGAUAGAGAUUUCCUGGUGGUCGGUUCGCCGAGAAGCAUCCUCGUUUAUGACGUUGAAAAAAAUAUGGAUGUUUUUUACAAAGAGGUUCCGGAGGGAGUCAAAGUUAUAUCGAUCGGAAGACUGGGCAAAAUGGAAAAGCCUGUGAUCCUUGCUGGAGGAAAUUGCACCAUUGUGGGUUUCGACUUUGAGGGCAAUGAGGUGUUUUGGACUAUCACUGGUGACAUCGUCUGCUCUCUGGCGUUGAUGGAUUUUGAUUCAGACAAUAGAAACGAGUUGAUUGUCGGCUCCACGGAUUACGACAUACGAGUUUUUAAAGAGGACAAAAUUGUGGGCGAGCUUACGGAAACGGAGGCGGUCACCUCUUUGACCCCUCUCCAGAAAUCCUGCUUCGGAUACGGACUUUCAAAUGGCACCAUUGGAGUUUAUGAAAAAUUGCAACGUUUGUGGCGAAUUAAGUCUAAAAAUAAGGCUGUCAUGGUUUUCAAUUAUGACAUUGACGGGGACGGUCUGGACGAGUUGAUAAUCGGUUGGUCGAAUGGAAAAGUGGAUGGGAGGAGCAGCAGGACUGGAGAAGUUGUGUUCAAAGACAACUUCACCUCUGCCGUUGCCGGAAUCGUGGCUGGCGAUUAUCGACUGAUCGGAACUCGAGACUUAAUUUGCUGUUCGGUGACGGGAGAAGUCCGUGGGUACGAGGCUAACAGAAUGCUGAGGGCGCCUGGUCGAAGGGUUAACUACGGGCACGAUGCUGUUCGAGAGAUGUUCAGCAAGAAACAGCACCUCAUGUUAGAGCUCUCUAAUUACAAGGAAUCUACUAACCAACCGGUAGAAGUGGCGAAAUCAAAGAUACCAAUGCAAACAAAACUUCAGACUGUCAUUUCAUUAAAUGACACAGAUUUGAAAAAGCCACGCAUUGACGUAAAUUUGUUCACAAACAACGACACCGUUAUUCGAGCCGUGCUUGUUUUUUGCGAGGGAAUUUUCCAGGGUGAAUCGCACGUUUUGCACCCAAAGGAUGACGAACUUACUAGUAACGUGACGGUUCCGAUCACUCCUGUAAAUAAUGUUCCGGUUGAUUUGCAUAUCAAGGCCCUGAUCGGUCACAAAGGAAGCUCAAAUUUCCACCUUUUUGAACUUUCAAGACAACUCCCAAGAUUCGCUAUGCUGCAACUCCUCAAAGGCAAACAAGAAAAGCCAAAAAGUUUCUCAACAUUCGUAAUCAAGGAGAGGAUUCAAAGAAUUAUUCUUUGGGUGAACCAAAAUUUCCUUCUGCAGUCGGAAAUGACACUGGCGGGUCUGGAUAUGGAGUUGUAUUUUAAGGCGCUGCAGGUGAACCAAGUCGUCGCGUUUUGCGUGGGCAGCGACAAUAAAAUCACAAUUUAUUGUGACGACAUGGGACUGGUUGGCGAAAUAACUCAGUCACUUGCUCAUUUUCUGAACGUCCAUGAUUUGGAGGCGAGAGCACAGUUUCCGAAAAUCCAGGAAAAUCUGAAAGAGCUGAUGACGAAAAUGGUCGAGCUGAACGACGUGCGACUGCAGCUCAGCACCGACAUGGCCAGUUGUUUAGACACAAUUCGCUCGCACGUCAUCCGAAUCGAGGACGCCAGAAUCAUCGAAGACGUAGAGGGUGUUAGCAAGUGGACAUCUUCACUGUCGGCGUGCAACAAUGACAUUUUGAAAUCGUACAAAGUCCGGAAUCAAAAUCACAGCGACCUGAUGCAGUGCUUGAAACAAAUUAACAAGUAUAUCGAGCAGGCGUCAAAACUACGCGUGGGGAAGCCGCAGUCAAGACUUGUAGGUCUGUGUCGAGCAGCCGUGAAAAACAAUAAUGUGGUUUCAUUACUGAGAAUCAUCAAUUCUGGAAAUAAUUAAAACUUUUACUCGUGUGAUUUUCAA